CAUCUAGAAGGAGUGCACCGCAGAGCGAGACGGGCUGCACAACGGGACAGACGUACGUCUUCCUGUCAUUUGACACGUUUCUUUUCUUUCUUUCGUUGCUUAAAUCGACGCGGUUAAAAAAGAAAGAAAGAAGAGUGAAGGGGAUCCUCAAACGACACUGGGAAGAGAUGCACCCAGUAUCGAGAUGGACUUUGCUGCUUCUUCCCCUGGCUUUGAUAGCGCAAGAGUGCUUCUCAUCUAAAGCAGAGGACCGGCUGUUCAGGAAGCUGUUUAGAAGAUAUAACCAGUUUAUCAGACCAGUUGAGAAUGUCUCUGACCCUGUAACUGUGGCGUUUGAGGUGUCCAUCUCGCAGCUGGUCAAAGUUGAUGAGGUGAAUCAGAUCAUGGAAACAAAUUUAUGGCUCAGACAUAUUUGGAAUGACUACAAGUUGCGAUGGAUGCCAGCAGAGUUUGACGGGAUUGAGUUCAUUAGAGUUCCAUCAAGCAAGAUCUGGAGACCCGACAUUGUGCUCUAUAACAACGCUGUAGGUGAUUUCCUGGUGGUGGAUAAGACCAAGGCUCUGCUGAAAUUUGAUGGGACCAUCACUUGGGUUCCUCCAGCCAUUUUCAAAUCCUCCUGCCCCAUGGACAUCACCUACUUCCCUUUUGACUAUCAGAACUGCUCCAUGAAGUUUGGCUCCUGGACCUAUGACAAAGCCAAGAUUGACCUGGUACUUAUUGGGUCCAAGGUGAACCUGAAAGACUUCUGGGAGAGUGGCGAGUGGGAAAUCAUUGAUGCUCCGGGAUACAAGCAUGAUAUCAAGUACAAUUGCUGUGAAGAGAUCUACACUGACAUCACCUACUCCUUCUACAUCCGACGACUGCCACUCUUUUACACCAUCAACCUCAUCAUCCCCUGCCUCCUCAUCUCUUUCCUCACAGUGCUGGUUUUCUAUCUCCCAUCUGACUGUGGAGAGAAGGUCACGCUCUGUAUCUCUGUCCUGCUCUCCCUCACUGUGUUUCUACUUGUUAUCACUGAGACCAUCCCCUCCACGUCGCUGGUCAUUCCACUCAUUGGAGAGUACCUGCUCUUCACAAUGAUCUUCGUCACACUCAGCAUUGUCAUCACCGUGUUUGUGCUAAAUGUACACUACCGCACACCAAUGACCCACACUAUGCCGGGUUGGGUGCGCUCUGUGUUUCUCAAAGUGCUGCCGAGAAUCAUGCUGAUGCGGAGACCAACCGAUGAAGACACCAAGGCUGGGGGGUUGGACAGCAGUGGGGAGGCAGGAGGAGAUGGAGGGAGAGGAGGAGGUGGAGGACGGAAAGGAGGGAAGAAAAGGAAGAAUAGCUUGAUGUGUCAGGUCGGAGGCGGCUCUAUCAAUAGUCUGGAGUAUGGGGACAGUAAGCUCUCGCCCAUGGAGGGCUGCACAGGGAAGAAAGGUCCUUGCACCUGCCAACAUGGGAAGGAGACCCCGGAAACACCAGACAUGGGGAAGAUGACACAUCAGCUGAGUUCCCAGAGCAUCAACACAGUGGUGGCUUUUUCUGUAGUGUCACCUGAGGUCAAACAGGCCAUCGAGAGCGUCAAGUACAUUGCUGAAAACAUGAGGAGCCGCAACAAGGCCAAAGAGGUGGAGGAUGACUGGAAGUAUGUUGCCAUGGUGAUAGAUAGAAUCUUCCUUUGGGUGUUUGUGACCGUGUGUGUCCUGGGAACCAUGGGCCUCUUCAUCCAGCCGCUUUUUGGCUUUGUCUCAUAACGGCUGACCAGUCAGGCCUCGCUGCCAUCCUGUGUGACCAAUCCUGAACAAUAACUCUUCUGUCUCAUUUGACCAAUCAGAAGACAGACUUCGAGUCCUAAUGCACUAUUCAGUGUGUUGGCUUCUAUGCAGGUACUUUUUUGUCUUUUUAAUACAGUCAAAAAUCUAUUUUGUAAUAAAAACAAGCAGGCACCUUUUUUGUGCAUCAUAAAAAGUUUUGCGUGCAAGUACCAAAGUUUGGCAUGUGAAAACAUUUUGUGAGUCAAAAACAUUUGUAGUCCAAAAUCUUUUGGUUGCAUUUUUAGAUUACAAUAUGGUGGGAGGUAACAAUGCAUCUCCAUUUUUGUUGAUGCGUAUUAACUUGCUUUUAUGAUCGAUUUGAGACUAGCUACUUGUAUUUGUAGUUCUGCAGUGUUAUAUGAAAAUGUGUUUCUGAUGCAGCUUUUCUUCACAAACUACAGGAAUAAAAUCUGAGCUGUGUCAAUAACAUUUAAACUAUACCAUAAAAUUAUGUUUGUACCUAAUUAUCUCUCUCCAUAUAUAUAUAUAUAUAUAUGGGUGUGUGAGUGUAUAAAACGCGUGCCAAAUGUGUUGUAUACAUGCGAACGGUUGAUUCGCUGUGGUGACCCCCCAUGGGAACAGCCAAAAGUAGUAGUGUGUGUGUGUGUGUGUGUGCCAACCCUGUUUCUAAUGAGUUCAUAUCAAAUAACAUUAAACAACUUUUUAGUUAAGAAACUAUUUCAUUUAUGUUUAGCUAUGAAUUUAGACAUCUAAUGAAUUCCCUUCAAGUUCCUUGUGAAUUCACCUGACAUGAUUUUUCUCAUGAGCAGCUUCUAACCAAGUCAAUCCCUGGAGCAUGAAUUAUUAAUGGUCAGAGUCCUCCAGCCAAAGUCAUUAGCUGGUCACAGCUGUCAUUCAGCGUCGACUGGUCAAUGGAGACACAUUAUUGCAUCACACUCUUCCCACAUAUUAUAAUCUGACAUGCAGCCAAAAUAGUUUAAUCUGCAAAGGUUUUUGACUCAAAACAGUCAGAAGUGUCCGAUUUGCAAUAGAAACAUUUUAUGACAUUAAAAGGUGCCUGCUUGUUUUUAAUUACAAACUUGAUUUUUGAUUGCAUUUUAAAGGCACACAAUUACCUUCAUAGUUUUGCUUCUUCCCUUUUACAGAAAACAAUAAAUACAGGAGUUAAGUGGAGCAAAAAGCUUUUUAAACAUUUUGACUGGCUGAAAAACUGUGCCAUAAAUGAAUCUUCACAGAGAGCAGCGGAGUAAUGUAAUAUCUACAAAGUGUGAACCAUUUGAACAACUUUAUAAUUAAUUUUUGACUAAAUAUAGUUUAUUUCAAUGACCACAUGUAUUGCUGUGUUAGGUUUUUCUGUCCAUCUAUUAUAUUUUUAAUAAGUUAGUCUGACACAUUGAAAUGUGUGAUUUAAAUGUAGCUCAGCCGCACCAGACAGCAGCUGAGAUACUCUGGUAGCAGGGGUUAAACCUAUUUUUUCUCCAUCAUGAUUGGUUUUAUAUGCUGCCUUUACUGUAGCUGUAUGGAAUACAGUAACUAACUGAAUUACAGUUCACCCAAAAUGUGUAGCUUUAGCUCAAGCUACCUGUGGCUGUCUCACUAGGCAGCUUUCACUUUAGAUGUGUACUUGACUCUCUCUGGCAGAGAGUACAGUACAGUUACAUCACCCAAGCCAGCAAUACAAAUCAUCAAAUUACUGUGAUUUGCUUCUUAGCUCUGUUUUGUAGCAACUGCAAAUUUUACAUCUUAACAUACUGAACGCAUGUUAUCUUCACAAACUAUAUGGCAUUUACAUUUUUUAUGGAAUAAAACAUACCAAGUCAAAAUCGGGUCUUAAUUUUGACCAAAUAUUGCAUUUUUGCCCAAUAGUACCAGGCUGCAGACAAGCUGGAGGAACUCCACAACAGGAAGUUGGUCUUCUUUGUCAUUUUUUCUGUGAAAUAACACAAGCUUUUAUAAUUUUUUUUUUUUAAAUGAGAAGCUUGUGAUUAGUACACUUUUUAAAAUAUGUAUGUCCAGUAUAAAGUUAACUGAAAAAGUUUUUAAAAUGUCACCAUUUCUUUUAAAUAUUUGAUGUUUAAGUCAAAGUAAUUUCCUAAUUUAUUAAACAAAGUGCACAUGUAACUGAAAGACCUUGAUAGUGCUGGAUAAACAAAAUGGUGACAGCCUCAGAGGGCUAAGCCGAUAUGAAACAGAUCAUCAGGUACUGUGUUGCAUCUUGUCUGCAGCCAGGCAACGCACCUUUCGCCUGGUAGGGCAUUUUUGCAUGGUUCAGAAGAGGUAGAGUAUAUUUGAGGUUACCUGGGAUCAAAGCUUUGCACAUCCCUAGUCCUUCAGGACUGGAACCUGAACAUCCGACAGAUGUUAGAGAACCAGAAACUUUCCAUAUCCGGUACACAUGACAAACUAUCAGAUUGAACUCAACCCUGCAGCUGCUAGUUUACCCUGCCCCCAAUGAGAUGAAGGAGAGCUUUUUACUAAUAAGGACAGGCUGUUCUUCUUUGUGUAAGAACCUGUGUGUUUAUUAAUGUUCUUUUUGAUUAAUGUUCCACAAGGAAAUUGGUUGGCCUGGUACAGUAAAUACUGGAUUAAAUGCUGCUUGAUUAGUUGGUCCUGAAAUAGCAUUACAUGUAUUAAUUUAUGAGAGGAUUCUAUUAUCCAAUUGCAUGGCUGUUAAUUUAAUCUUUUUUCUUGUCACUUUUGAUUAAGUUCACAAUCAAAAGCAAAUAUGCACUGGAAAAAUGAUGCAUACUGUAACAGACAUUUUGAUUGCUUUGCCCACAAAAUAUAUUGUUGUCCAAUUGCAGCUCUACAAGGUUAUCACUUAAUUAGAUUUUAUUUAUCCCCAUACUUUUUAGCAGAAUAUUUGUUAUAAUUUGAUGCAUCUGUAAUGCACAACUCGUGCUGAAGGAAGAAAACAUUUUGCCUUCCUUUUUUUCUGACUCUUUGACCUAAGAAUUAAUGCAGUAUUGCUUUAAAUAAAGUGAAUAGCAUUUACUGGUUAAGGUUUUUAAUAUGAAAAAGUUCUUCUUGUUUUUACAUACAUGUUUUUAUGUGCACACACACACACACACACACACACACAUAGAGACAUAUUUUACACAUUUUCCAUACAGAAACAUUCACCAGAGUUAAGCUUCCGUCUGCCAUAUCUAACUGAAGUCUGGUCACUUAGGUGUUAUUCAUAGAUAAAUUUAGCUUUGAGGCAAAGUGCAUUAUUCAUUAUUUGUGAUGUUGCCACAUAAUUAAAAAUUACAUUUAUCUAUCAGAUGCUUUUAUUUUCAAACUCUUCCACUGUCUUUGUCCCAGCUUCACUACUCCUAUUAUGGGCCUAGACUCUACACACCUGUUUCCUAUUUAAACGCUCUCACCUGGUCCAUUAUUACCACCUCACCCUCCUCAGUUUUUGGUUCUCUAUAUCCUUAACUUUGCCUCUGGUCCUUCUCUUCAUCCUGGUUUUUGCCUUUUAUGCAGUCACCAGAUCUUCUGUUUCACUCCUUCAACAUCUGCCUCAGCUGCAAUACUGUCAUGUAUCGGCCUGAAAGACUUGUUCUCAACCAGUACAAACUAUUUUCACCAAGAGUCCAUGCUUCCCUGAGCUAAUGGCUCUGUUCUGUGAACCUAAAGACUUUUUCAGCAUUUCCACUAUUGGAACCCUGGACUUACCUUAACCAUCACCAAGCAUAGCCUCCAUGGUU